AUGAAUGAUUACAUUUACAUGUUACCCAUUACUGAAACAUUUGAUAAUACCAGUCAUAUUUCCAUUGCUAAUACUAACAAUAACAAUACCAAGAAUUAUUUCACUACAAUCACCGGAAUAACAUCAACAAAAACAGUUACAACUCAAAACGUGAUCUCCACUAAUGUAUCAAAUAAUCAAAAGAGGAGUUGUUAUGUAACAGAACUACACCAACAUGGUUCAAUAUCAUCUUUCUGUCCUACAUUAUUCAAUGUUCAAAAGUCUGUCAAUGAUGAUGAUGAUGAUGCUGGCAACGUUGGAUGUUAUGCAACUGAUAAUAAUGAUGGUGAUGAUGAUGAUGGGGAUGAUGAAAAUGGAUUUAAGUCAGUUCAUCAAAAUAAUCCUGUAUUCUAUCAUUCUAUUCAAACAUGGCCAACUGGCAAUGCAAGGAGUAUUCCUGAGUUGAAUAAAUUCGAAGGUAUUUAUCCUGCUGAAUGGAAUAUUGACAAUAGACUGUUGACUUCAGACACAUAUCCUUCUAUACAACCGGAUAGUAUUACUACUCAUCAUCAUCAUAAUAAUAAUAAUAACACGAGUGAUUAUUACUUUUCGCCCAAUACAAAUUAUUUGAAUAGUUGUAACAGUAAUAGUAAUAUUACUACUACUCUUACGACCACUACUACGACUAAUACUAUUACUAAUAAUAAUAGUGACAAUGAUAGUAAAACUGGUAAUCUUAAUAACACGUGUCCAAUUCCUUCAGUCAGUCAUGGUUAUACCUACCAGCAAGAAAUAAAUUCCUCAGUUUACGAGGAACAACCCGCAUAUGGUUAUAAUAAUAAUAAUAAUGAUAAUAUUCUACUCGGUAAAUGUAUAAACAAACCUGAUUAUCCCCAUCCUAUCAUCAGUACUCCUACACUCCCUUCUUUAACUUGUCAUCAUCCUAAUCAUCAACAAGAACAAGAGCAUCAGCAACAACAGUCAUCGAUUAUUGAGUCUAAUGCAACAGAACAACAACACCAACAAGCGAUACAGAAUAAUUCUACACAUUUCCCUUAUGAAAUAUGUAAUAAUAAUAAUAAUAAUAAUCGAUCAAUAAAAGAUUAUUCUAAAAGUUCAACAGGAAUAGUUUAUUCAAAUGAAGACACUAAUCUACACAAUCAGAUAUUACCGAAUCCAGUCAAUAGUACCAACUGUCAUAUCUCUAAUUUACACGAAAGUACACGAGUAAAACUAAGCAAGUAUAGUGGAGUAAACAGUUCCCCCAGUAAAUGUUUGUAUUCAUUACGUGCUGGAUUGAAUAGUAGAAAGCAUAGACCUUCUGUUCAUACAAUGCAUGGAAAAUCAUCAGAAUUAUUUCGUAGCAAUCAACAGAUAUACUUAUCUGAGUAUCAUCGUCAAGCGCCUAAAACAAAUCGAUUAACGCAUAAGUUGACAUAUCGUACAACAGCAACAACAACAACAGCAACAACAACAACGGCAAUUGCUAAUACUACUAAUACUACUGUUGCUUUUACUAGUAGUAAUAAUAUAAUCAACAGUAAUUUUGCUUACAAUUUAAAAUCAUCACAAAAUCAUUCGACUCCUUUAAACAAUACUACCUGUCAACUAAUCGAUUCACUCAAUAACAAUAACAAUAGUAUAUUGAAACAGACAACUUCACAAAUGAAUGAACCUAUAAAACAUUCAUUAAACUAUGAAAUGUGCUCAAAAUUGAAACAAAACAAAACACUGAUAUCAUCAGCUAAUAGUAAUAAUGGUAGUAUUCUAACACGUUCACCAUAUAAAUGUCGUAAGUGUAAAGGACACGGAAUGUCUGAACCGGUUAGACAGCAUAAACGUAAUUGUCCAUUUCGUGAUUGUACAUGUGAUAUGUGUUACCUGGUUGAAAAAGGUCGUCGAAUUGUUGCUCAACAGAUUGCUUUAUUUCGUGAUCAGAAAAGUCAUAAUUCACAUCAUAAAUAUGUAACGCAUUCAAAAGAUCCUCGUUCAUCAUUAUCGUCGUCAUCAUCAUCAUCAAAUAAAGAGAUUAUUACAAUGAAAGGAGCAUUGGAUAGAAUCACUGAGGAUAUUGGACCACAUUGUCGUAGAUGUCGUAAUCAUGGUCAAAGUAUUUCAUGGAAAGGUCAUAAAAAAACAUGUCCAUAUCGUGAAUGUUAUUGUAAUCAAUGUAUACUAAUCUCGUUACGUAAAUCGAAUGAAAAAGAUUUAAGAGAAGUAGCACAAGAAUUCACUGAAAAUCGUCCAGACAAAAGAGCGAUGAAAUCACCAUUAAAAGCCACUAAGGUUAACAGUGAAUUGAAUAUACACAGUGCUGAUAGAAAGCAUCAAAAGAAUACAAAUUUAUUAUCUGCUUAUCGAAUGUUCGAUAAAAAUACUGGAUCAGAAGGAUAUAAUGAAAAUAUUGUUUCAAAUUCACAUGAUCAAAUCUUUCCAGCCUCAUCGUUCUCGGAUCGAUUUCAUUUACCUUCAGUUGCUAAAAAUUGUACUAAUUCUUGGAUUCAUCAACUGGUUACUUCUUCAGUUGUUACGUCAUCAUCAGUGUCAUCAUCAUCGUCGUCAUUACGACCAUCUUAUGAGACAAAUAUUAAUCAAUGUGAAAAUUUAUCCUCCUUUCCUACUGAUUAUAAACCAUCUUAUCCUUCUAAUAUACCUACACAUUCAGUUCUUCAAGAAACAUUUACAAAGCCAUUUCAAACUACUCAAAAUGCAUUGAAUUUAGUUCGAGAAUAUAAUGAUGAAGGGAUUGUAGAUUCAGCAAAUUUUAUCCAUGAUGAAGUAACCUCACAAAAGUUGAAUCCUACGAAUUCAAUGUCUGCAAACAGUAGUUAUAAUGAUCUGUCUAUGAUUCAAUGUCGAACAUCAACAAUAACAACAUCAUCGACAGAAGGUUCAAAAACUCUGUCAGAUAAACUAACUGACUCGAAUUCCUCUUGUCUACGUCGGCUUCCUGACUAUUGUUCAUCACAAGGAUAUUUUAAUUCAGGUUUACCUACUACUACUACUACUACUACUUCGAUGACUACAUCAACAAUCAAUCAUAUAUGCAAAUCUAGUGUUCAUUGUAAUGUCUUAUUCAAACCGCAUGAUCUAGUUAACAGUACAGAUAACAACAGUAUGAAUUAUACUUCAAGCGAAUUUUCAAAAGAUCAUGUUUUGUAUGAAUCAUUGGCGAGUAAAGAUGAGCCAGAAGAGUCGACAUUACACCCUCUACCUAAUAAUAAUAAUAAUAACAACAAUAUAACAGAAGCUUUCCCAUUUGAAUUUCAUAAAUCUGAUCGAGUGAGUGUUUUUCAAAAUCUUAUUGACAGUGUAAAAUCAAACAAUGAUUAUGAUUAUUACUCGAAUUCAUCCCAGUUCAAGCCUAAUUAUUCAUCAUCAUCAUAUCCAUCUAAUGUAAUUAAAGGUGAUACUAUGAAUGAAUUUUUCUACCUGAAUAGUAAUCAAGAAAUUAACUCGUGUCAUAUAGUAGCCCCCUCUUUGAUUAAAAAUACACCUUCAGAUUAUAGUCAAUUUACAGAAGUGAUACAAUCUAAUCAUCCAAGUGAUUUGCUUACCUCUUCAUCAGUUCAUGUAAAUGAAGAGAAACUUGUUGGAGCAACAGCAGCGGCGGCGGCAGCCCAUCAUGUGGCGGCUUUAGCGGCAGCUGUUGCAUAUCAUCAUCAACAACAACAACAACAGAAACAUCAACAUGAUUAUUAUCAACACCAAUAUCAACAACCAGUAGAUAGUAGAACACAACAAGAGGAACAAAAUAACCAGCCAACGACAAUUUCAUCAUUUCUGUCUACCAAUGAACACAUGAACGCCUUAUCUGGAUCACUAAGUGUACCUUUAAACUUUUCAAAUAUGUAUAAUAAUAAUAAUAAUUAUAAUUAUAAUAAUAUUGUAACUAGUGACAAUAAGGGAUUAAAUCAGACCACAGAGAGUACAAUUAUCAAACCACCAUUAUUAGAAUCCAUUAAAACAGUUUAUACUCAAAAGCCAAGGCAAUCAAGUGAUGAAAUUUACUUCCCUUCAUUGAAAAAAGAAUUGAAUAAAUUUUCAAGGGAAUUUUUUGAUGGAGACUAUAAUCAUUCUUUCAAUAAUAAUUCAUCAUUUCAUCAUAAUUAUUCACCGACUUAUUCAACACAACAUCAUCAGAUACGUGAACAUCAACAUGAUGCUUAUCAUCCCCAUCAUCAUCAACAACAGCAACAGGAAGAGCAAUCCUAUUCGAUUAAUGAUUCAUUGAUUAUUAAUAAUAAUAAUAGUAUACACGAGAACAAUACAUCCCUAGAAAAUGUUAGUCUAAAACAAUUGUCAACAAUAAAACAGAAAAGUCAACUUUAUGACUACCAACCACAAUCUCAUCAUCAUCUUUAUAAUGGUGUGAAUAAACUUGAUGAUCUAAAGAGUGUUCAACAUCAGUCUAGUGUACAAAUUAAUCAAGAAAUUAAUAAAUUACAAAUAAUACACUUAACAAAUGCAAUUAUUCUACCUCCACAACAGUCUGUUGGACAAACACAACAAGAAAUCAACGUUAGUAUUAAUAAUAAUAAUCAUAUUAACCGUAAUAACAACACAUCAUGGUCACCGUAUUAUGAUUCAUUAGUCAAGAUACAACAAAUCAAUCAAUCCAAUGAAACUGACUAUCAUCAUCAACAACGUCAACAACAACAACAACAACAGUCGUAUAAACAUGAGACUACGUCAACAGAUAAUUUCAGUAGUAUGAGUACAACUGAUAUGAUUUCAAAUAAUAUUGAAACAUUGAAUUCAUUGCCUAAUGAAUAUUGUAAUAAUCUUUUUAAAAAAUUUGAACCAUCAAAUAAAUUAACGAAAAAGUCUAAUCAUUCGAAAAGAACUACAGUGAAUGCUUCCUCAGGAGAAAAAGAAAGACAUUCAAAAGUAAAGCAUACAAAAAACCAUAGUGAAUCCUUAAGUCUUGGCGAUUCCAAAUUUCCCUCAGACGUAAUCCAGUCGGAUAGUGGAAGUAAAGGAGAAUCGCUUGAUAAAGAAGCUAUAAUUGAUCAGUACAAACGUGACCAUAGCAAGAAAAAGAGAAAACAUUCAAAGAGUGAAACAAAACAUGAAAAGCAUAGCAAGCGUGAUGAAUUUAAUUCUGAAUUAACAGCGGAUGCGUCACCUGUCAAAGAAUCUCCUCGAAAACAGAAGCAUCGAGAUAAAUCACAUAGGCGAAGUAGUGCAUCAAAGGCUUCAACGGCGAAUGAAAAGCCUCAUCGCUCUGCAAAACCAGUCGUUCGUGAGGACGGCAGUCGUAAGGUUGUAUCAACUGCUAGAGCGCAAAGCUGUGAAGCGGAUAUGCGUGUGCAUUCUGCUUAUGAAUCUGUUCCAAACACACCAUCAUCAGCUUCUACAUGUUCCUCAGAUGCUUCAGAAUCUUCAUAUAAUCAGUCGUCAUUUAGCGCCAGAAAGCAUCAUAAACGUCUGGUUCAUGAUGAGUAUUCUAAUGAAAAGUCAUAUAAACAGAAACACAAUAAAAAUAGUCGUUCCCCCUCAACACAUUUUAAUCGUGAUCGUAAAACUGACUCUUCACGGCUUACAAAUAAUCACCAAGAUACUAAACUUGAAGGAAAUUCUGCUACAGCGAAAAGAGUUCGUCAGUCUGUCAGUCCACCUUCAAAGUCAAAGAAAGAAAAUUCAGCUUCUUUAAGUUAUGGGUAUCGUCAAUCAACACAGCGUCGCCAUGUAUCUGCACGUUGUAGAUCUCGUUCGAAACGUCGCGCUUCAUAUAGGGAAAGAAGUAGCGAUUCUGAAAGAUACGAACCUCGAAAAAGGCAUCGUUCAGAUGAAAAGAAGUAUAUCCAUUCACGGUCACAUCCUUCUAAGAGGAAGUCCGGAUACUAUAGUCCUGAUGACCGCCAUGAUAUGCAUAAACGUCGUUAUCUAAAACGUCAUGACCGUCAUCCUGCACGUAACUCACAUAGCACCAGGAGACGCAGUAACGGAAGUCAUCAGUAUGAUUUACAUGAAGAUGUUGAAUCGUUAUCACCAUCGCCUAAAGGUUCAAGACGAGCUGAUGCAAAAAGUGGAUCUCGGCAGCAUUCGACACGGCGGCAAGUAGGCAAAUAUCAGUCAGAUGUGCAUAUUUCUUCAGCUCAAAAGCGAUAUGCAGGAGGAGGUACAGAUGAAUUUUUAGAUCCGGAAAGUACAAAUCCAAAACCUACAAAUACUGCAUCAAUCCAUACAGAGUCCAUUCAUCGUUUGUCUGUGUCACCUCCUGAUCUUUCUAUUUCUAAUGAUAAUGAACAGAAGGUACAGGCUCUUUGUGAAUUCCUAGAUGAACUAAAGUGCGAAGAUGUUUCAGAUACUGAGUUAGAUUCAUUACUUCCAUCAUCUAUAGUUAAUUUUUCACCCGAAAUUAACGAAACAACAGAUAAAUUUGAGUUAUCAAGUUAUAAUUAUACUAUUAAUUAUAAUGACCCAAAUUUAGUGCAGUUAUAUAGCGAAGAAGCUGAAAAAUAUGACAACAUUCUUCAAAGCAAAUCAGAUAUUAUGUUCACUGUGGAUACUUUAGAGACCUUGUCGACGCAAAUCAGGCAACAAAUGCCAGGUCCAGAAAAUUGGGAUGUAAACAACUUAAGUGAUCCUAUUGAGUUUGAAGCAGAGCAUUCAGCGAAUGAAAUUGAUCAGUCUGAAAUCAAUUUGUUAGGAUCACCAAAAUUGGAUGAUAAUUUAUAUACACUGAGGCAAGAAUUGAUCGAAUCAGCUGGGCAAAAAUCAAUUUCAGUAGACAGUAAAUUAGAUGAACAAGACUAUGCUCAGUGUGUUGGAGCUUAUAUCUCUGGCACAGGGCAUCGGGAUAUUAUCCCACUACGGAAACGUUCUAGUGGUCUCGAAUUAUUACGGAACACUGGGAUUAAUCGAACAUACUUUGGGAAUGAUUUACUUAAACAUUUAACAGUUAAUAAUUCGAAUGAAGAGUCUAAUGAGAACAAUGUAUGUCAUGCAAAUGAAUUUCUAGAUACAUGGGCUAACAGCAAUUGUGAGAAUGCAUUCAUUGGCUCCGGAAUUUUGGAUGUGUUAUCAAAAUUAGUCUUGCCUUUAUCACAUAAAACAGAUGGUUACUUACGUCAAAAUUUAUUAAAAACUGUCAAAUGUACAUAA